AUGUCUUCUGACGUUCCAGUUUCCCAGCCUGAUGGAACCGAUGGAACAAGUGGUGCUGUGCCAGCAAUGACCGAAGUGACAUGCAGUGAGGCGCAAUUACUCUCCAAAGUUGUGGACUGUGUUUCGAAGUAUCACUUCUUGUGUGAUCGUCCGAACGUCAAAUUCUUCUCCGAAGGUCUCUGGAAGCGUGUGCCUGAGGAAUGGCUGGCAUAUCUUGCGAAUUUGAGCAACGAUGAGCUCAACUCUUUCCCAUUCCAGAAGCCCAGCCAUGAUUGCCCUGAAACUUUGCUCGAAUUCCACGAGGCUACCGUCGAAAUAGCUCGUCUUCUUGAUCUCUGUUUGGCCGAACUUCCGUCGUAUGAUGUAUCGCAGUGUGCCACAUCACUGGUUGAGGUUAACGGUUCAGUGAGUGCCAAAAAACGUCAUGAAGUUGAGAAUUUCGCAGCCCUUUUGACAAGCUACUGUAAGCUGCAUGAUAUCAAUCGAAUCGUCGAUAUUGGAUGUGGCGUGGUAACCAAAAUAUUUCCGAAUGUUUGUCUAAUGCUGUGCAUUGUUACAGCGUAUGCAGAGAUCGUUUGCUUAAAUGUUGCUUGCGAUGGCUCAGAAGACCAACGACUGCUGGAAUUUCUUUUGGGAGAUGAGGUUCUGUAA